CCCGCCCCCGCCGCGCGAGCGACCGCGGGAUGUGGGCCUUGCGGGCCGCCGUCCGCCCGGGGCCGGGGCUCUGCCGACUGGCUUGCGGCCGCCGGCUUCCGAGAGCCGCGCCGCCGCCGCCGCCGCCGCUGCCGCCGCCCGCCUGCCCGGAGCGCGCACUCGCCGCCUUCGGCCCCGGGGGCGUCAAGGGGCGAGGCGGUGAAGGCCGGGACCGCCGGGACGAUGAUGGCCCGAGAAGCCGAGCGGGAGAGCAGGAGGAGGAGGACCCAGGUGACGCGGAGCAAGAAGAGGAGGAGGAAGCGCUCCUGAGGACGGAGCCUUUGCUGCCGCUGGGGACCCAGCGCGUGUGCCUGAUCCACCCUGAGGUCAAGCGGGGACCCGAGAAGCCGAAGCUGACUCGAGCCGAGUGGCAGGUGGCGGAGGCGGAAGCCCUCGUGCACACGCUGGACGGCUGGUCGGUGGUGGAGAGCAUGGUGGUGCCCAGCAAAUCGCCAAACGGGAAGCUCAUCUUUGGCAAAGGGACCUUGGAGCACCUGACGGAGAAAAUCAGGGGGACUCCAGAGAUCACGGCGGUCUUCCUGAACGUGGAGCGGCUGGCCGCGCCUACCAAGAAGGAACUGGAGGCUGCCUGGGGCGUGCAGGUGUACGACCGGUUCACGGUGGUGCUUCACAUCUUCCGCUGCAACGCGCGGACCAAGGAGGCACGGCUGCAGGUGGCGCUGGCGGAGCUGCCCCUGCUCAGGUCCCGCCUCAAAGCCAGCAUGGCCCUCCUGGACGGACGAGGACGGGGCUCGCGCUACAUCAUGGGCUCAGGGGAAUCCUUCGUGCAGGUGCAGCAGCGCCUCCUGAAGGACCAGGAAAUGAAGAUCCGGAAGGCCCUGGAGAGGCUCAGGAACAAGAGGCGUCUCCUGGGGAGGCAGCGCCGGCGGCAGGAGUUCCCCGUCAUCUCCGUGGUGGGGUACACCAACUGCGGAAAAACCACGCUGAUCAAGGCCCUGACAGGCGAUGAUGCGGUGCAGCCCCGGGAUCAGCUGUUUGCGACGCUGGACAUCACAGCCCAUGCUGGGUGGCUGCCCUCCCGCGUGGCCGUCAUCUACAUGGACACCAUCGGCUUUCUCUCCCAGCUGCCCCACAGCCUCAUCGAGUCCUUCUCCGCCACCCUGGAAGACGUGGCUCGUUCGGACCUGAUCGUCCACGUGAGAGACAUGAGCCACCCAGAGACGGAGCUGCAGAAAGCCAGCGUCCUGUCCACGCUGCGCGGCCUGCGCCUGCCCGCCGCCCUCCUGGACUCCGUGCUGGAAGUUCAUAACAAGGUGGACCUGGUGCCCGGGUACCGCCCGGCGGGCCCACAGGCCGUCGCCGUGUCCGCCCUCCUGGGGCAGGGGCUCCCGGAGCUGAAAGCGCGGCUGGAGGACGCCGUUCUGAGGGACGGGAGACAGGUGCUCACCCUCCGGGUCCGGCUGGCGGGCGCGCAGCUGAGCUGGCUGCACCAGGAGGCCACGGUGCAGGACGUGGACGUGAUCCCCGAGGCCGGGGUGGCCGACGUCACAGUGGUCAUCAGCAGCUCAGCCUACGGCAGAUUCCGAAAGCUCUUCCCAGAGUGAGCGGACGCCGCCUCUGGGCCUCCCGCCUGCCCCUCCGGGCUUCCAGGUGGUAGGCUGGCGGCCGCGGCUGGAAGUCGAAGGUCAGGUCGCAGGGGGCUCCGCGGCUCUGGUCCCCGGGGGUCCUGCAUCGUGGAUCCUGCAUCGUGACAGGUGACUUCCCCUCCCCUGGCUUCGGCUACAAGGAACAGGCUCCGCUGUGUCUGCACCGGCGUUUCUGGUUCUCCCGCCCGCGGGCCGGCACGUCCUCCCGGUGUUGGAGUUUCCAUCGGCUGUUUCACACUCGCAGCCGCCAGCCCUCGCUCUGCCCCACAGUGUCCUGCGACUCCUGACUGUCCCGCGGCGACCCACGGGCCUCCCUGCUCCAGUGGUGGAGGAAACACGGUUUGUCACUGAGUCGGCACGAAACCGGCAGCGACCUGCUCGCGGGCAGGCCACUCAGACUGGCCCGUGGGAGGGACAGACGCGGCCCGUCACGGACCUGGGCUGUCGUCACCCAAGGUCCCAGGACACACCCGGGGGUGCAGAACUGGCCAUGCCAGCUCUUCUGCUUUAAUUUUGCUUUGUUUGUAAAGACUAUUUGAGAGACGGAGGGGGUGGGAGUGACAGAGGGAGCGACAGAGGGACAGACGGAGGGGCUGAGGGGGAAGCAGACCCCCACUGAGCAUGUGGGACUUGAUACCAGGACCCCAGGAUCCUGACCCGAGGUGAAGGCACACGCUUCAUGGACGGAGCCCCCCGGGCGCCCCGGUCCUCAUUCAGGUGCCCCCGGUCCUUCUGCUUUCCAAGACACUCGUUCGCACCUCAGGGAGCCCACUAGACCCACGCGGUUGCCCGUUUUCUAGAGGAAAUGCCGACGUGAGGGGUCCCUUGCAGCCAUGGAUAACGUCUCACCUCAUUUCCCCCCUUCGAUUUGUGCUCAUCCUUCCAGUGGGGUUUUUUGAGUGACUCUGGAAUUCGGCAUUCAGGAAUAAAUCUCUGCGCUGCUUCA